AUGUCGCUUUUCAUGCCGGUUUCGAACACUGCAAACACAGGAAUCAAGAUCGUAACGCUUUCUCCGGCACAGGGCCUUACUGCAGUCAUCAACAUCUUCUCGCCCGAGGGCAAAUUGCUAGGUUUGCUUAGCGCAACCGAAGUGACUGCCUUCCGCACCGCACUUGCGGUUAUGACACUGUUUGUUCGUUGCAAUUCUCUGAAGAAGGAGAACAUUGUGAUCUUUGGCUCGGGAAAACAGGCAGAGUGGCACGCACGACUUGCACUUCUCCUAGUCCCGGAUCAAGUCCGCAGCAUUACGUUGAUAAACCGGGGUCGGAAAAGGCUGGAAGAGAUGAAGGAUAUUAUUGCAGAGCUGCAAGCCGCUCACCCUGGUGUAACAUUUGCAACACUCGCAAAAGAGGAUACACCAGACUACCAGGGACAACUGCAGGCUGCAUUAGCAGCGUGCGACGUUAUCUUUAGCUGUACGCCUUCUACGGAGCCUAACUUCCCCUAUUCCUACCUCCAGCCGUUUAAGCAGCGAUUCAUCUCUCUCAUUGGUUCGUACAAGCCUCAUAUGAAAGAGAUUGAUACGGAAACUCUGUUUUCGGGUGGGAACAAAAUCUACGUCGACUCGAGGGAGGCAUGCUUGGAAGAGUCGGGGGAGCUGAUCGAUGCGCAUGUAAAAGAAGACCAGUUGAUUGAGAUUGGAGAAUUAUAUGGGAAGCUCGGAAAAUCCGAGCCGAUCUCUGUCUCGGACACGCAAAAUGUGGUUUUUAAAUGCGUGGGCAUGGGAAUUAUGGAUCUCACUAUCGGAAAGACGCUCCUGGAUCUUGGAAAAGAACAGGGACUGGGGAUGGAGUGGUCUACCGACACCAGCUGGACUCGGUCAGCAGAAACGACCCCGCGUCUCCGAAGAAAACCGCAAACGAGCCGUUCGAGCGUAAGUAGCUGUCGCACAUGUUUGCGUUAUCGCCGCCAAUGCGUAUUCACACACCCCGACCAUGCGGAGAAGGUCGCUCGGUCUUCGUCGAUCUCUCUCCUCGAACGGAAUGCCGGCCUCAGUCGACAGAACCUGGUGGAUACGGAACGAAUUCGGUACAUGGAACGGAUCCUUCAGCAUUAUGUUCCGAACAUCUCUUUUGAUAUUCAGUCCCUCCGUAAAACUGCCGAAGAGCUGAAACAUAGACAUCGCCAUUCCUUCACAGAUGCAAACCCUUCGGUUCGCCUUGACGAGGAGGAUUUUGAGGAUUUGGCUAUCGACGAUGAGGACUAUAUGGUGAAGGCUUUACCGGAUAAUACAACACAAUAUUCCGGAGAGUUUUCCUAUUUGAACUUGUCCAUGAAAAUCCGACAAAAGAUCGAUGAAUGGAUGAAAACAGCAGCACCAGAGGCGUCUACCGAAACAGACCCAUUUGAAGAGCGAUGGCGUGCGACGCAGCUCCAAUCGGGAUCCUCCUUAGUGUCGGCAUCGGUGACUUGUCUACCACCACGUUUUGUAGCCGAUUUUCUCGUUCAAAUAUUUUUCAAAUACGCGCAGACCAAUAACUUCUAUGUGGAAGAAGAAUGGAUACGAGAGAAACUGAACAUUUGUUAUACUAACCCAUCGAGUCUCUCGUCCAAUGAUGCUGGCUCCGUAUGCUCGAUACUUAUGGUCCUAGCUGUUGGGACACAGUUUGCUCAUAUGGAAUCGGCCAUUCCUGUCAAUCGGCCGCCGGUCGACCUGUCGUCGAUGGAAGAUCAUCACUUUUCGGAAGAUGAAGUUGGCCUGACUUUUUAUCAGUUCGCUUCGAAGCUGGUUCCAGAUAUCCUUGCAACAGUCUCCAUCCGGAGCGUACAAGCCUGCUUAUUGAUCGGAACAUAUUUGUUACCCCUCGACACCUCGGGCCUUUGCUAUACUUACUUCGGUCUAGCCCUUAAAAUGGCUAUCCAGAAUGGCAUGCACCGGAGAUACCAGGGUGAAGGACUCUCCCCUCGAAUGAUCGAAGUCCGCAAUCGAGUUUUCUGGACAGCUUACACCAUUGAGAAGCGUGUCAGUAUUCUUCACGGGCGACCUGUAUCUUUGUCAGAUUCGGAUGUGGAUGCCGCUAUGCCGGUUGAUUUUCCGGGCUUGAACCUAACAGGGCAGGUCUCAAAUCAUACCAACAUGGUGACUUUGAUCACUCUAACUCUUAAGCUUGGCGAAGUUGCCAAUGAGAUGGGCCAACAGCAGGAGUGCCUUGAACGACUACUCAAUUUGCGGAAGAGCCUCGUCGAUUGGUGGGCUACACUGCCAGAAGAGACCAAUUGUCGAGAUUUGAACCCCUCAGGACCACUAUUCCGCUCCAACGUUCACUUGAAACUGGAUUACUGCCUGACUCGCAUUUUCCUUGGGCGCCCAUUUCUGUUCAGCAACUUUAAGAUACUCAAUGCCGCCACCACUCCUCAAGCCCAACCGUUUAAAACACCGUCAGGUGUUUCAAAGAAUAGAUCGACACUCAUCACUGAUUGUGUAGAAGCUGCCCUCGAAAUCAUUAAUCUCUGUCAGUUACUCCGGGAUGAGUCCGGUCUUGCUCGGGCAUCGUUCACUGAAUUCAGCUCUUGCCGUGCUGCUCUCCUUGUUAUCCUUGCACAGAGUUUGACGAAGCGAACUGAAAGGUUACGCGAAGCACUUGAAAAAGGCAUGGUCUUGAUCAAGAUCAUGUCAAUGGGCGUGGGAUCUGCACGUUCUGCUGUUAGUGUGAUUGAGACUCUCGAGAGAGCCAUUAGCCGUCUCGAAGAUUGGAGUGAAAGACAGGCACCGGACAAUGCCGGCUCUAUGGAAUCAGCAUAUGAUCGCUUCAAGAAUUGGGAGAUGCUCUGGAAAACUGGGCCAAUGUCACCCGAGCUUGUUCCUUUCCAUGAGCAAUAUCCGGCUGGAAGAAGCAGCAUUCCUCCUGUCCCUGUUACUCCAAUGACCGGCACUUCCGGUGGCAACGACCCCAUGGAAGGCGACGUCGCAAAUACAGAAAUUACCACAUUAUCGGACUAUUCCGCCUCCCAUGCAGCUUCGUUACCUCCAAUGCCUCGUUUUGGUUUCGAUCAUUUUGUGUCCAACUUCCCGCAAGAACUGGACGAAUUUACCGCUAUCCCCUGCUUUGAACCCGAUGCACAGCAAAACCUCUCUAGCGACAUCAACAAUCCGGAUACCAAGUGGAUGCAAUUUACCACUGACUGA